AUGUCGAAAUCACUGGCUCUCCCGCGUGUGAUACCGACUCAAGAUUCCGCAUGGUCUUCUUUUCGACUCUUCUCCAAAAACUUACAUGAGGACUUGUUAAGCGAAUAUCACUCCUUGGACGAGUUCUUUGAUGGGAGUCUCAAGUCUGUCACCUUUUGGUUCUUCCAAAAACGAGGUGUUUUCAUGUCGCAAAGCCGCUCCAGAAAGUGGUCUCGCGAGGUCCUGAACGACUAUGUUCUUUUACCCGCGGCGCUAGACUAUACCUUACGUUUUCACCAAGCUCAACUGGAGACGCAAACAUGGUCGUACAUCUGGGUGGACUGGACAUGUCUACCUCAGCAUCCACAAUCACCGCCAGAAAAGACGUACUUUCAUUACGGCUUGCGGACCAUGUUGUACAUCAUCCGGAACACUGGCUUCGCAUACUUUUACCCCCCUUUUGAGCCGCGCCUGUAG